AUAUAACGAUUGUCCAUAUGUUUGACUAUAAAUUAUUAGCAUUGUUUAAACUAUUUAUUGACAUUUUUAAAUAUAUUUCUAUAUCUAUUACAAGUUUGUAACUUAAACGUACAAGCCGACUUUUGUUAAGUUCAUGUGGAUUAAUUAAAUCAAUGAGAUACUUAAACUGAAUGAGAAAAAAUGGCAUUUUCACUAAGAGGAAAGCCUAUCUUCAAACUAUCUAUGUUCCUAACAACCCUGUUGUCAACUACAACCAUUGUCAAAGGUCACGGACGCUUGAUGGAACCGCCUUCGAGGUCAACUGCUUUUCGAUUUGGCUUUGCAACUCCUCAUAACUAUAAUGAUAAUCAACUUAGCUGUGGAGGAUAUUGGAAUCAAUGGGAACUGAAUCAAGGACGCUGUGGUAUUUGUGGGGAUCCAUACCAGGGUCCACGUGAAAACGAGGCUGGCGGGAAAUACGCUAAAGGGACAAUAGUUCGCCAUUACAAGGAAGGGCAGAACAUAGAUGUAGAAAUUGAAUUGAUGGUUGGACACGGUGGAUGGUCAGAAUUCCGGAUAUGCCCAAAUAAUAACAUACACAAAGCAGCAACACAACAAUGCUUAGAUAAAUACCUUCUAGCGACACCUGGCGGACAAACUAGAUUUGAACAUGCGCACAUGGAGAUUGGUCUCCACAAAUAUGAAUUAAAGCUUCCAUCUGGGCUUACGUGCACUCAGUGUGUUCUACAGUGGAGAUGGAACACUGAUUCUAACAACAAUUGCAAUUUUGUUACCCACAAGAAUUGCUGUAACGGUUGCGGACCUCAAGAACAAUUCUACGGUUGUUCAGAUGUAUCAAUCGAACGUGCCACAAAUAUCGUACAUUACGCGUCACAAACAACGCCACGUGCUCCACCACAUCCGUUUCAAGAAAGAGUUACUAGACCAGAGAGACCAAUGGGUUUCAUACCAAUAGAUGUAAUGGGUCGUUAUUUGAAGGAAGCCAAAAUAAAAACAUAAAAAAUAUCAAUUACACAUGAAUACAUAAUCAUGUUUUACAUAGUUAACAAAGUUUUAAAUGAAUUUUAGUAAAGUUUGAUGCCCUU